ACCCCCAAUCUUAUUACAGUGAGUUUUCCCCUCUCUCUCUCUCUAAGCUUUCUCUCUCUUCACCCCUCAAACACAAAAGAAAAAUAAACAAAGGAGCAUGUUCAAGAAAGUGAUAUGAGAGAAACACAGUUAGCUUAUUUACGUAUGUAUGUAUAUAUGUGUAUAUAUAAUUUUGUAAUUUUCUUGCCUUGUUCCAGAAGGUGCUCUUUGUGGUUUGUCAAACAGGACCAGUGAAUUCUUUUGUUGGAGUAGGUGGGAAAGAAUUAUGAUGCAGAACAUGGUUCACCCUCAUCAAGACCAGCUUCCCAUUGAAGAACUCACGAGCCCCCUCGGAGCUCAAAUUUUCGAGUUUUGCGAGUCGGAGUUGUUUCCCGAAACGCUUCAAAAUUCCGAAGCUACCUCGACUUCAAAUGGCUGCUAUGAAGAGCACUCUUCCAAUCCAACACAUCUCCCCACAGAUAUGAACAAAUACAACAGUAGUACUGGUACAUUAGACAACGUCGACAUCGUCAACCAGGCGGCCACGACAGGCACCGCCGGCCCCUGUACUCCGCCCUCCGUGGCCACCGGCACCUGCAGCAGCAACCUGUCGACGUUCUUGGAGGAUCAGAUAGAAAACGACAUAUCGGCGUCCAUAGACUUCACACCUUCUCCAUCCUUCUCAGUCCCUCAUCAGCAGUACUUCGGCAACAGCAACAGCAAUCAAGAACCAUUCAGCAUGGCUUCCCUGAACAACCAGAUUUCGUCGCUGGGCGACGCGGUGGACGGGUCGCUGUACCCAGCAGUCGAGCGGCGGCCGAUGGUGGUGUCGCAGGUCUUAGGGCCACCACUUCCGGCGAGCCUGGAAGAGGAUUGCCUGCCUUCUGUGGGACAGACUAGUUACAUGCGCCUGAGGAAUUCCAGCACUUCGCCUGCCUGCUCGGGGCUUCUCGAUCCGAUGAUCGGGCCGUACUUGCCUACGGGCAGCAUGAGUGCUCCAUUUUCUGCUGAUAAUUCGGGGUUUUUUCUGGGAACUGAUAUGUCAAGCCAGGAGUUGGAAUUCCAGGGUGGUAAUUGUGGACUUUUCCUCCCUGAUUCCAUGGCAAGAGUCUUUAGUUGCUCCACCGGUGAUCUUCAGGCACUUAGCAGUGAGAGCCAACAUCUGGUGCAUGGGAGUGGAGGGUCAAGUCUGGCGUCAGAGAUAUCAAGCCUGGAAGAUCCUGCUGCCUUUAAGGUGGGCAAACUCUCUGUUGAAGAAAGGAAAAGAAAGAUCCAUAGAUACUUGAAGAAGAGAAAUGAAAGGAAUUUUAGCAAGAAAAUCAAGAACUCUUGUCGGAAAACACUUGCAGACAGCAGGCCCCGAGUUAGAGGGCGGUUCGCGAAGAACGAGGAACUCGGAAGAACAUCUGCUGCCAACCACGAAGACGACACGGACGAGGAUGUCACCCUGUUUUCCAACGCUACCAUACCUCACGACCAUCACCACAAGGUUAAAGAAGAAGAAGAGAUAGAGGGGUCAGAUAUAUUUGCACACAUAAGUGGAGUAAAUUCCUUCAAAUGCAAUUACCCCAUCCAAUCUUGGAUUUGACCUUAGUUUCUGGUGAACCCCUUUCACCCAAUUUUUGAAUCAGAAACAAUUAAUAUUAUCCUGAAUUUUAGAAGAAGGACACUAACAUAUGGGUGGAUUUAUUUCUCUUUUUUUUUUUUUUUUGGUUACCUUAAUUGGUAUUUUGAUAAUAGUUAUGUAGUUCUUGAAUUAAAAUCUAAUUAUUGUAUGUACCAUAAUGUGAUUGUCAUUGUGUAAAAUUUUAGCAAUUAAUUUGGUAGAAUUUCGAUUUGGAAAUAGUAAAAAUUGUUGUAAAUUUAUCG